UCCAGAUUUUUCAGGAAAGAAAAUGAAAUCAUCAAUCUCCACCAUUUCCGUUGUUUUGAUAUUCGUUUUGUUAUCAAUUUCAUUGGUGAUACCCAACGAUUCAAGUGAUUUCGAUAAUUUUCUUGGGUGUCUUCAUGCACAUUCUAAUUCUUCCUUUCCGAUUGCGGAUGCCAUAUUAACACCAUACAAUUCGUCCUUCGAAUAUAUUUACCAGCUACGUGCAAGUAACCUUCGAACCUUGUUUUCUGCAACCUCGAGACCGGUAGCCAUUAUAGCCGCCCUGCAUCCAUCCCAUGCUCAAGCCACUGUCGUUUGCACCAAGUUCCACGGUUUCCAAGUAAGGAUUCGAAGUGGCGGCCAUGAUUUCGAGGGACUAUCGUACACUUCCGAUGUCCCAUUUAUCAUUCUCGACAUGUUCAAUCUCCAUUCUAUUGAUAUUGAUAUAGAGAGCGAGACAGCAUGGGUUCAAGCCGGGGCAACAACCGGCGAACUUUAUUAUAGUAUAGCCAAGAAAAGCAAUGUCCAUGGGUUCCCAUCCGGUAUGUGCACCACUAUCGGCCUCGGUGGACACUUUAGUGGAGGUGGUUAUGGGUUUCUUAUGAGAAAAUAUGGACUCACCAUCGACAAUGUCAUCGAUGCAUUAUUGAUCGACGCCAAUGGAAGGAUCCUUAACCGUGAAUCAAUGGGAGAAGACCUGUUUUGGGCAAUAAGAGGAGGUGGAACAACCAGCUUUGGGGUCAUCCUUUCAUGGAGGAUCAAGCUGGUUCGUGUUCCACCUAUGGUUACAGUAUUCACCGUGCAUAGGACACUGGAGCAAGGCGCAACGGAGAUCGUUUACCGUUGGCAACAAGUUGCGCCAAAACUUCCAAAAGAUAUCUUUAUUAGACCCCAACCUCAGCCCAUUAACAAUGGCCCCAACAAUAGAACCGUCAGCGUUUCAUUCGGGGGUCAUUUUCUAGGGAAAACUGAUAGACUUAUACAAUUGAUGAACGCAAACUUUCCGGAAUUGGGUUUACAACGAAGUGAUUGUUUAGAGAUGAGUUGGGUGGAAUCGACCCUGUACUGGGCAGGUUUCCCCAAGGGAACCUCCAUUGAGGCCUUGCUGAACAGAGUGCGAGUGGAUCGAUCGUUUUCCAAGUUCAAGUCGGAUUAUUACAAAGCAGUGAUUCCUAAGCAAGGAUUGGAGACGUUAUGGGAAGCGUUGAUGGACAUUGAAGACAUCUUCAUCCAAAUGAACCCUUAUGGAGGGAGAAUGGAAGAGAUUUCGGAAUCGGAAACUGCUUUCGCCCACCGCAACGGAAUCCUUUUCAUGAUGCUAUAUGGUGUGACAUGGUCCGAGUCAGACGGAGGCGUCAACGCCGCUGCACGACACUUCGAGCUGUCGAGGAGGUUGUACAACUUAAUGGAACAGUACGCGUCGAGCAACCCGAGGGAAGCAUUCCUCAACUACCGAGAUCUCGACAUCGGUAGCAACAAAAGUGGGGAGACUGAUUUCGAGGUUGCCAAAGAAUACGGGGCAAAGUAUUUCAAGAACAAUUUCAUAAGACUGGCGAAUGUGAAAGCCAUGAUAGACCCUGAAAAUUUCUUUAGAAACGAGCAAAGCAUACCGCCAUUGCCAAUGCUAGCAACUCAUUGAACUACUGUCUUGUACGACCGAAAAACAAUAAAAUGUAAGUGAAAUAUCUUCUAUAUUUUAAUAUCUCUUCCCUUUUAUUAUUUCUUGUUGUUGCUUUUAG